AUGUAUGCUGGUAAUUGUACUCAAUAUCCACAAUUAGCUUCUGUUUUAUUCGAAAUGACAAUUGAUCUAAAUACAGUAAUAAUAGGACAACAGCCAUUUGCCCAUAUAAAACAAUACAGUUUCUUCAAGGAGGAAGAUGAAAUUUUAUUUUCAAUGGCUACAGUUUUCCACAUCGAAUCAAUCGAAAUACAGAACGAUACAGCUAAUAUUUGGUAUGCUAAGUUAACAUUAACCAAUGAAAAAAACGUCCGUAUGGAAGAACUAGACGAAGAUUUUUGUACAAGAACAGGAAAAGCUGCAGAAGCUGACUUAGGUAAGCUUUUAUUACAAAUGGAAGAUAACGACAGAGCAAUCGAUUAUUGUAAAAUCUUGCUAACUGAAAGUCCAUCGUUUGAUAUUCAAUUAUCCGUUCGACGUUAUAAUAUUAUUGGUGAAUGUUACAAAAACAAAGCGUGUUAUGAAUUAGCAUUACAAAUACUAUGA